CAUGGAGCCCCGAGCCCCUCGGCGCCGCCACACCCACCAGCGCGGCUAUCCGGUGACGCGGAACCCCCACCUCAACAAGGACUUAGCUUUUACCUUGGAAGAGAGACAACAAUUAAACAUUCAUGGAUUGCUGCCACCAAGCUUCAACAAUCAGGACGUCCAAGUCCUUCGAGUAAUAAAGAAUUUCGAGCGACUGAACUCUGACUUUGACAGAUAUCUUCUCUUAAUGGAUCUUCAAGACAGAAAUGAAAAGCUCUUCUAUAGAGUACUGAUGUCUGACAUUGAGAAAUUCAUGCCAAUUGUUUAUACUCCAACUGUAGGUCUGGCUUGUCAACAAUAUAGUUUAGCAUUUCGGAAACCAAGAGGUCUCUUUAUAAGCAUCCAUGAUAAAGGACACAUUGCUUCACUUCUUAAUGCAUGGCCAGAAGAUGUCAUAAAAGCUGUCGUGGUGACUGAUGGCGAGCGUAUUCUGGGCUUGGGUGACCUUGGCUGCAAUGGGAUGGGCAUCCCUGUGGGGAAGCUGGCUUUGUACACCGCUUGUGGAGGGAUGAACCCGCAGGAGUGUCUGCCUAUCACUCUGGAUGUGGGAACAGAGAAUGAGGAGUUACUAAAUGACCCAUUGUACAUUGGACUACGGCAGAGAAGAGUGAGGGGUCACGAAUAUGAUGAUUUUCUGGAUGAAUUCAUGGAGGCAGUUUCUUCUAAGUAUGGGAUGAAUUGCCUUAUUCAGUUUGAAGAUUUUGCAAAUAUGAAUGCAUUUCGUCUCCUGAACAAGUAUCGAAACAAGUAUUGCACCUUCAAUGAUGAUAUUCAAGGAACAGCCUCAGUUGCGGUUGCAGGGCUUCUUGCCGCUCUUCGGAUAACCAAGAACAAACUGUCUGAUCAGACAAUACUGUUCCAAGGAGCUGGAGAGGCUGCCUUAGGGAUUGCACACCUGAUUGUUAUGGCCAUGGAGAAAGAAGGAUUACCAAAGGAGAAAGCCAUCAAAAAGAUAUGGCUGGUUGACUCAAAGGGAUUGAUAGUCAAGGGACGCGCUUCCUUAACGAAAGAGAAAGAAGAAUUUGCCCAUGAACAUGAAGAAAUGAAGAACCUGGAAGCCAUUGUUAAAAAAAUAAAACCAACUGCUCUCAUAGGAGUGGCUGCAAUUGGUGGCGCAUUCACAGAACAAAUUCUCAAAGAUAUGGCUGCCUUCAAUGAGCGGCCUAUUAUUUUUGCUUUGAGUAAUCCAACUAGCAAAGCAGAAUGUUCUGCAGAGCAGUGCUAUAAACUAACUAAGGGGCGUGCAGUUUUUGCCAGUGGCAGUCCUUUUGACCCAGUCACUCUUCCAAAUGGACAGACCCUUUAUCCUGGCCAAGGCAACAAUUCCUAUGUGUUUCCAGGAGUGGCUCUGGGCGUUGUCGCCUGUGGAUUGAGACACAUCACGGACACGGUCUUUCUCACCACUGCCGAGGUUAUAGCUCAGCAAGUAUCAGAUAAACACUUGGAAGAAGGCCGGCUUUAUCCUCCUUUGAACACCAUUAGAGAAGUGUCUCUAAAAAUUGCAGAAAAGAUUGUGAAAGAUGCAUAUCAGGAGAAGACAGCCACAGUUUAUCCUGAGCCCGAAAACAAGAAGGCCUUUGUUUUCUCUCAAAUGUACAACACUGACUAUGACCAGAUUUUACCUGACUGCUAUUCUUGGCCUAAAGAGGCCGAGAAAAUACAGACCAAAGUUGACCAGUAGAAUAAUAGCUGACAUUUAUAACUACAUUAAUGAGAUCUUAAAAAGUCUUUCCUAAUUUUUAAAGGUUGGAACAUUUUAUAAUGAUUCAUACAGUGCUUAGAUUAAGAUCAUUUUACUUUAACACCCUAAUCAUUUAUAGAAGAAGAAUAUAAAUUACAAUAAACACUACACCAGAGUUUGUUUCCUUUGUCUUUUGCUUAUCUGUGGUUUCUGUUUUAAUUUUUCUCAAGGUGUCUAUAAAUGCUUAUGUGUCUACUACUUUGAAACUCAACAUUUUUAUAAAGG